AUGCCACUCUGCCUUCGCCUCCAGUGGGCGUGGCUGGCGCUGGUACUGGUGCUGCUGCUGCUGUCCGCUGCGGAAGUGGCGCCAGGCAGUCCAGGCAGGAGCACCCUGGACCUGGCCCGCACCGACAGCCUGAGCACGCUGAGCAGGCUCCCCUUCUUCGGCGGGGGCGUGGGCCACCUGCUGCGGUACCUGCAUCCCCUGGCGACGAGCUCCCCGCCUGGCCGCGGAGCACUCUCCGAGCUGCGCAGCGACCUGGACCCCAACUACGUGAGCUACCGAGGAGCGCAGCUGUGGAAGCUGAACUUCAAUGCGACCCGCGGCUCCUCCAUGGAGGAGGAACUCGAGGUGGCCGAGGGGGCAGAGGUGGCAGAGGAGGCAGAGGAGGAGCGACAAGCGGGCGCUUCGCCGGAUGCGCAGUUCAACGAGGUGGUCGCUCUGUUCGCACUUGCGUUCGCCUCCGCGUUCGCCAUCGCGUUCGCAUCCCUGUUCGGAGCGGUUCUCGGCCAGAAGCUGCUGCUCUGGCGGAGCGUGUCCGUGCCGGAGAUCUCCGGCAUAUCGGGACUGCCCCUCGCCCUGCUGACCCUCAACAGCAGCGAGCUCUACGAGUCCACCUUCGAGGGGCUCCAGUGGCUGUCGCCUCUGGACCUCCGCCGGCUCGACUUCCUCUCGGCGGGGUCCUCGUACCAGAUCAACAGGCGCUACCGCAACGGCAGCCACGUGCAGCGGUACUACGGAACCCAGCUGUGGAAGGUGCACGAGACCCGGCUGGAGCGGCCCCAGCUGAGGGCCUUUUGGCGGCAGUUCGGCAGCGAGGUGUGGAACAUCAACCAGGACGGGAUCGACCUGCUCAUCGAGCAGCGCAACGUGGCCGACGCGCGCAGGUUCAUGGAGCAGGCGGGCUUCAGCUACAACGUGAUGAUCGACGACCUGGAGACGGCCAUCGACGAGACCUACGUGGAGGUGCCGGCCGCGGAGCACCCGCUGGACUCCGUGCGAAACAACUCGCUGCCGUGGAUGGAGUGGCCGGGGUCCCUGAUGAGCUGGCGGCGCUACCACGACCAGGCGGACAUCCGCCAGUUCCUGCAGACGCUGCUCGAGGCGCACGCCGAGAACGUGGAGAUCGUUCAGAUCGGGGUCACGCGCAACAAGCGGCCCCUGGAGGUCAUCAGGGUCUCCAACGGCAAUCCGGACAACUGGGCGGUGUUCGUUGACGCGGGCAUGCAGGCCAGGGACUGGCUGAGUCCGGCCGCCCUCACCUACGCCGUCUCCAAGCUCGCCCAUCUGUGGGGCACGCCCAAGGGCUUGGAGAGGGCCAUGCGCCGCAUCGACUGGUACUUCCUGCCGCUGGCGAACCCCGACGGCUACCAGUACGCCCGCCACACGGACCGCCUCUGGACGAAGAACCGGGCCUUCGACGCGGAGAGCGGCUGCUACGGGGUCAACCUGGACCGCAACUUCGCGUACGGCUGGGGCGGCGGCGGGUCGACGGGCAAUCCCUGCCAGAACCUCUACCGCGGACCGGAGAGCUUCUCCGAGCCGGAGAGCCGGGCCGUCCGGAGCUUCCUCUCCGGGAUGCGGGACUACCUGGGGGCGUACGUCUCGCUCGGCGGCUACGGGCAGGCCAUCACGUACCCCUGGGGCGACGCGGACUUCGUGACGGAGAACCAGCGGGAGCUCAGGCAGACGGCGCGGCGAGCGGUGCUCGCUUUGAGGCGCCUCAACCAGGCGGAGUACUCCGCGGGCACCAGCUACCGCCAGAAGCUGGCGCGGCCCGGCAACUCCGCCGACUGGGUGCACGACCGCCUCGGUCCGCAGAUGGUCUUCAACCUGUUCCUGAAGGACCAGGGACGCUACGGAUACCUCCUGCCGCCGCACUACAUCGUGGAGUCCGGCGAGGAGGUGUUCGAGUUCCUGCGCACCAUCGCCCAGCAGCUGAAGCUGGCGUGAAUCCACGUUCCAUUUCCCUUGCUUAUUUAUUUAUUUACUUAUUUAUUUAUUUAUUUAUUUGGUAUGAGGUAAAUGAGUCGUCAUUUAAUCAAUUGAAAUAUAUCUUCGAUGCAAACUCAAAGCUGUUUCGUUUGAGAAGGGAAAGUCUUUGCUGGGAAUCUAUACUACUACUAUUUGAACUCAAAAUGUCCAGAACAUAAACCAUUGGAUUAGUCUAAUUGGUAAUCUGAAGAGCCUCAUCAGCAGCAGGGAACUGCAUACUUUCGGGCUAAGGCGGAUCGAAAAGCUCCCCCGUGAAAAGGUAUUGCACAUGGCUGUAUAAUUUCAUUCUGCAGAGAGUGCGGAAGAUUCUCUUCUCCACUCUGCUCCACUCUCUUCGCGCUCCUCUUCUGGUUUUGGUUGGUGGCUUUGAUUUGCUGCCACUUUCGAUCGAAGAUUUCGCAAUCGCGCAUAUCGGGAUUGGCAUCAUCCAGUCAGUAACAGUAACAGUCUUAUAUAAACCUGGCCAAAGACGGAGAUGGCCAAGAAGAAUGCUCAGCCGGGCAAAUAGAAAGCUGAGAGCGCGAGCAGGCUACAAAGAGCAAAAGAGAAUGCUGCGGAACCGCGCGGCAACUUUCACUUUCUUCGCGUUUCAAAAACAAGUAAGCUGAAGCCACAACGCUUACGAAGUUUUGUUUUUCAGCUCUUGCCCCCUUUUUUUAUUUUUUAUUUUUCCCGUUUUGAUAAAUGUGUGGGUUUUGUUGUUGCAUAUUUGAUUGGAUUUGCUUUGGACAUGCAUAUAUAAAUUAAGCGAAAGGCUCGCGGCCAUCGCCACCUGCCGCCGAAUCAAAAUCAAAGCUUCCCGGCAAGCGAAGAAAGUGUUUUAGCGAUAAGCAAAAUACAUCUGAGUCCAAACUAUGAAGAGAAAAAUAUAUUUAUGUAUCAAACACUAAAUUCCCAAGGCAUUGACAGCCGUUAAAAAUUCAGCACAGAACAUAUGUAAAUAUCAAUCCAAUUCGAACUCAUCAGAUAUGAAAGCAAAAGUAAAACAGUGUUGACAGGAAAACAGCAAAUUAGUAUAUUUAAUAUUACCCGAUCUUCUUUGAUUCAAAAUAAGAACCACGUAGUUAGUUUUUUAGUGUAACCUGCAGCAUUCACUGUUCAAUGAACCAGAAAAGGGCCUGAACAAAUCACCCAUUGUGGCAGCACUCGAAAAAAGCGUUAAAAGUGAAAAUCUAGGUAACGAGAAAACGAAAAGACAGCGAGGCACCAGGAAAAAACAAGAAACAAAUAUAAAUACAUAAUGCCUCCUGAGGUGUGGGCGGCAAGGGACAAAGCAGCUGAUCGGCGCGAAAGAAAGUAAAACCCGCCAAAGUGGGUCAAACUCGAAAACACUGAACACUGAGCACUGAACAAGCCGCCCAUGGAGUGAUUUUGAGUGACUUUUCGUUUAAGCCACAUUUGAUUAAUGGUUUACAGCCAGAUGAUGAGAUGGUUAUUUAGGUAACAACACUAAUGAGCUGAAGCAUGGGGAGGGACAACUUGGCAGCCGGCUACCUAACAUCAUAUAGUGCACUGAAGUUCACGGGUUCGAGGUGUAGAUAACGGCUGCAAAGGCAAUCGAUGCGGAUUACUUUGCUUGUUGAGUGGAUAAAUAUUCACAAAUACUCUGGGAUUCUUCCAUCUCCUCAACUCUCGCACUUUGUGUGGGGUUCUUUGGAAGCACAAUGUUCUAACUGGGAAAGCCACGCCUGCCAUCGCGGGAAACUCCGGCAAUCAAAGAGAGUGUUCCUGAGGUUCCGUGACCGAACCCGUGACUCACGGUGUUUUGAUCACCGUUUGAUCCGUUUGCUGAGAUGACUUAUCGGCAGGGGACAGCCCCGUCGGCGUAAACCUUAGAUGCAUCUGGUGUCAAUGUCGCCGGUGGGAGGGAGGUGGCUGCCGGUGUGAGUGUGGGUGUGGGCGUGGGCGUGGGCCUUGCACUCUGCUCUCUCGUUCCCCCGCUCUCCAGAAAGAGACAGAGUGAGUGCGUGGAGCUUUGGGGGAGCUCCGCUCUCCCUGUUCCUCUUCUCUCUCUGUUGCUGGCUCUGCUGCUGCGCUGCCCGCUGCCUGCUGCCCGCUGCCGGCGGCGCUGCCAUUUCCAUUUCCAAUUUCCAUUUAGGCGACGAUCGCUUGAAAGAUCGGUCGUCGGUCAGUGCAAAAAAUUUCCAACGCUCUUGGGCUCCCCUUUUUUAUUUGUUUUUUGUUUUGUUUUUUUUUUUUGGUUUUGUAAUUCUCGGUUUCGUUUGUUGUGCCUUUUCUGUUGUUUUUUAAACUUUUUUUUGGUAACGGCUCCCUUGCGCCGGCAGAGCGGCAAUAUAAAAUUGAAGCGCAUACAAUCGCAGCACUUAGUCGGAGUUUGAAGCUCAGCCAGCGACACUCUCCCCCCACACACACGUCCACAGCUGCACUCUCUUCUGAAGAGCCGGCGACUGGAAGAGCGCUGCAGCAUCCCCAACCGCAACAAAAACAGUUUGUUUGUUUGCAAUAUAACUCAAUAAAAGAUUAAGGAGAGAAAGGAAAGAAGUCUCUCUAAAAAUGAGUCUAAAUAAAGUGCGAAGAUUGCAGAAAGGGUGGCAAAUCAAAUACGAGGGUAACGAAUGCCUCAAAAUGAGGGUGGAGAUUCCAGAGAAGAAAGGAGGAGAACAAGGCAGAGUAAUUGAAGAAUAAUUCGCUGUGAUAGUGGGAUAAGUCUGCGGGGUACAAUGUAAGGGGAGCAGUUUUGCUAAUAAGGUCAAUAAAAAAAACUAUGUCCAAGAAAUCAACAUAUCAAAGAUAUCUUGAUCACAUUUACAAACGAUCGUAAAUCACCUGUUAAAGUAAAAGAACAAGCAAGUGCAAACGACAGCGCCUUUAUAAUCAUUAUAUCUUCAGUUAUUUUGUUGUAAAAGUGGAAACUCGAAAGGUUUUAAGUCUCGCUGCAUUAAAGUAAAAAAAUUACGUUA